GUUCUUAUUACUUUGUUAAAAAAUGUCUUUACAAAAACACAUGCGCACAUAAUUUCUUUAAAAAUAUUAGCAUUAACAUUAAAGGAAUGUUAUUUAUAUAUAUAUAUUUUAGAUUUGUUCAUUAUGAACAAAAAUUUCAUAGCGCAAAUAUUUGUUGCAUAUUUCCGGAGUAAAUAAAGCAAUUACGCAUGCGUAGUGCGUUAAGAAUUUGUGAUCCAAGACAAAAAUCAUCAAAUUUCUACUUCUACACGAAUAAUGUAGAUUAUGAGACCUUCAAUGUCAUGGUAUUUAGUCGUGGGGACAGUUUUUCAUAUACUUUGUUCAGAGGUUCUGUUGUCAUGCCGUUAUUAUUUAUAGAUCGUUUGACAUAAUCAGUGUUGUUUUAUGAGAAGUCAUUUUUUGCUAAAAUGUCAAACAUGAGAAGUGAGUCACUGGCAAUUUCGCAGUUGAGUUGCUCACAGGAGUUGGGAAAUAAGCAGAAUGAUUCAGUCAAAAAGAAGGAAAAGAUGAGUUUGUUUUGGAAGCUGCGAAGGAGAUUUCAGUCAAAUUUCAACAGAAAAUCUUUAGAUGAGGAGAGGACACCUCACAUAGCGAAUUUAAAACCGAAAUCACCUAAUAAAAAGCAGAAACAGACGAAAAAGUGCAGGAUCAAUUUGUGUUCAAAACCGUCUAAUUCCAAUUCCUCUCAAAGUGCUGAAAGUUUGGAUCUUAAUUUGUUGCAGAAGAAACUUGCAGACGAGAACAUGUGGUAUAACAGGGAUAGGAAUGAUGCUUCCUCAAGUGUAGAAAAAGCAAGCUGCAAGUCAAAGGACAUCUCUGUUUUUCAGACAUCCAGUAACAUUUGUUCAUGUGGCUUGUCAACUGAAAACAGAGAUACCCGUAAAAUAACCAACAGGUCUCCUGGUGCCAUUUUAUCAAACCAGUUUCAGAUUCAAGCAGUGUGCCAUGCCAAUGGAACUAGAGGCUCGAAUCCCGCAAUUAGCGUUCACAGUUAUCACACAUCAAUACAUGAAGGUGCUAUUAUCUCGGAAGGGCCUAAAACAUGGAGUCUCACACACGAACUGUUCAGGUUGUCCAACUUCGGUUGGUACUGGGGUCCAAUUACACGUCGAGAAGCGGAGAGAAAAUUAAAUGGACAACCAGAUGGUGCUUUCUUAGUUCGUGACAGUUCGGAUGAACGAUACUUGUUAAGUCUUAGUUUUCGUUCCUAUGGAAAAACUCUUCAUACCCGUAUUGAACAUUGUAAUGGCAAAUUCAUAUUUGAUGCACAGCCGGAUACAGAAGGGUACCCAUCCAUUGUGGACCUUAUUCAAAAUUCAAUGAAUGAUCCUCAGACUGGAAUUUGUAGUUACUCUAGACGUGGCUGCCCGAGUCCCCCUAUUUACCCAGUUAGACUUACAAAACCUGUUUCACGCUUUACACAGGUUAGGUCAUUGCAAUAUUUGUGCAGAUUUGUUAUACGCCAAUACACACGUUACGAUCACAUUCAGCAUUUGCCAUUGCCAAAAAAACUGAAAGGAUGGAUUGGGGAAAAUCAAUAUUAAGUGCAAGUCAAUUGUAUUUAAUUAUUAUGUUAAUUAUUGAUGUGCAUUAGAGCUUUAGUUCACAUUCACUCAGAAUUCAUGUAGGAGAAAAGCUUAAUAUAUGUGUCAAAUAAAAACCAAUGAUACAAUGCACCAUGCCUUUUUGAACAAAAGUUAACUAAGUGCAAAUGUAAUAGUUUAUUUGAAUAUUUUUCCAUUUUUGAAAAACAGUAUUGAACAUUAUAGGAAUUGCUUCACUCAGCAUUUAAAAAAUUAAGAAGUUCAGAAUAAUGACAUAAUUAAAAAUAAUAAAUAUUGGUCUCUUUUUUUUCUUCAAAGUACUUGACAAUGAAGUGAAAAAUAAGCUAGUGUUUCUUGUAAAAUUAAUGAAUAUUUUUAAAAAUAUCUCCACUUAAACCUCUUUUUCAACAGUUUACAUUUAAUUAGAUAUUAUUAUAUUAAGUUAGCAUCAGUCUUUUUUAAAAGUAUACACAUGUAAUAGAAGCUUUUCAUUUUUAGUCCAAAGUAAAAUUUUAACAGCACUACUGGUAUGUUAAAUGUGCAUUGCAUAUGUCUUAGAACUCUCUACCAUAAAGUUACAAAUAAUGCACCCUUCCAAGAGGGAGAAUAUUUGUUUGCAUUUGUCAGUCUGUAGGUCUGUCAGUCCAAUAUGUCCAUAGACCUUUCGUUUCUGCAUGAUGAUCUAGUGAAUGCUUUAAGCUACAUCUGUACAAACUGGGAGGGUUCCUGAGCCGCAAAAGUCAAAGAUAAUGGUAACAGGGACUGGUCACUGAUAACUUGUUUAAGCAAGAUAUUUUAAACACUAUGACUCGAGUUCAUGAAAAUUGGGAUAUUUGUUACUUACAAGAAACAGCAGAUGCCUUGAAUUUUGAGGUCACCAGAUUGAAGAUCAAAGUAGUAUGAGUUUGUAUCCAGAAACAUAAUUCUUCUUGAUAUCUAGAGAAUUAUUUGAUCUUGGAUCAUUUUACGUUAUUAGUAGAAUGCUUGUUUUAGAACUAAGUAAUGACACAAAAUUGAUUUUGAUAUUAGAGUUCAAAGGUCAAGGUCACAAGGACUUGUAACAAGAAAUUUGUUUCCACACACUAACAUCAAGGGAAAUUACAUCAUGACAUGUUUUAUAACACCUUGUUAAUUUAACGCAAAUAUGGUUCGGUAUUAUAAAUUAAUGAUGUAAGCAUAAUUUAUAUUUUGUCAAUUUAAAAUGAAUGUGUUAUAUGCUUUGUGUUAUUUUGAAGCUUUGUCCGUCUUUCGAAUUUUAUUUCACUUCUUUAGUUCUUUGUUUUCUAAGUGAGAAUGAAUUUUUGUUAGACAGAUUACAAUAGCCAUGUUAAUGGUUAUAUUUGUGGCAAUUUUCAUGUUGUUGUAUGUUGAAUGAAAAGACUUACACAGAAGUCCAGAUUUUAACAUUAAAUACUUAAAAGCCAGUGUUUUUUUUUUGCUAAAAAUUACCACCGAUUUCUGCUUCUUCCUAAUUGCAAAAAUCAACGUUUUUUCCCAAAAAGCUGACCAAAAUAUCCCAAAACAAUCCAAUCCCCCCCCCCCCCCAAUUUUUUUUUUUUUUUUUUUAAAGAAAGAAGUCUCUUAACUCUAGAUCUCAACUUUUUAUUUAAACAUCCUACAAAAUAUAUAACUUUAAUUUAGUUCUUUUUGUCGAAAGAUAAUUCCCAAAUUUGCCACUUUUAUCAUUUAAAACAAUCACAAUUAGACCAGAUUCCUUUUCCCAAAAUGGCUAGAAAAACCCUUUUGAACAUGCUCUUAAAAACAAUUUUAAUUCUGUUACUUAUAAUCAUAUUUAUUAAUUUAUGCUUAAUUUUUCCCAAUUUCAUGCUUUAUCACACUAUUUUCCCCAAUGUCAUGGUUUAUUGCGCUAAUUUUUCCAAUUCAAAUGGCACAGGCUGUAACAAAUAAAAGCAAAAAAAACCACUGAAAGCACAAAAUAUACCUGGCUAUCAUAUUUUUAAGUGUUCUUAAGGUAGAACACACAUUUCAAAGGCAUUAGGUUUUACAGAUUACAGGAAAGUUUUAGCAAUAAACUAUUGUUUUAUUUAUUAUUUGGAGUUGUGAAUUUGUUCAAGGGUUUUAUUGAGAUGCAUACAUGUACCUGGUAUCUGAGAAUAUUGACAAAUAAUUGUUUUAGUUUUUGUGUUGUUUAUCUACUUAAAUAUUAUUUGGUUUGACAUAAACUUUUAAGAUAGUAAUGGUUCACUUUUUAAUAAUAACAAGCAUUCUUAAAAAAAGGUUGAUGUUGAAAACAGGAAUCUAGUUUGAAAAAUAUGUUUUAAUAGUGACUCAUAAAAUUCUGUUUAUUUUUAACCUAUAAAGGUGAAAAUGGAUCAAUUCUCAUUAAAAUGGCUUGUGUUCAAACAAUGACUGAAACAAGUGUAAGAAAGUCAUCUGCACUAAACCAAAAAUGCGAACUUGCACUUUUACAUUUUUGGAAGUUUCUUUACAUAAAAAUCAAAUAUUCAAUCUGUAUUUCGGUUUUCAAAUAUUCAGCAGUUUUUAGCGAGGCUGUUUUCUGAGAAAACCCAAGGUAUUGUCAUAGCCUGCUCGUUGUCUGCCGUCCGCCAACGUAGUGCUAAAACCUUUACUAUUGGCUCUAAAAUUAAAGUGCUUCCACAUACAACUUUGAAACUUCAUAUGUAGAAGCACCUUGAUGAGUUCUUCACACCACACCCAUUUUUGGGUCACUAGGUCAAAGGUCAAGGUCACUGUGACCUCUAAAAAAAAAAAAAUUGACAAGCUUUCGUAGCCGAGCGUGGCACCCGUUAUGCGGUGCUCUUCUUCAAAUAUUAAUUUCCAUCUGUAGUUUUAAAAUAGUUGAUAACUGAGAAGUUUUCUUUAGAUAUUUUUUUUGACUGUUAUUCAGACCAGAAAAUAAGUAGUAAUUUGAAAUGUAGUAGGAUCAAGUGCUUUCAAAUGUACAUGUAUGCGCAAAAAGUAUAUUUGGAUGUGAAAUACAAGUUUGUUAGAAGGAACUUCUUGUUCAUUCUAUUUUUGUUUUGAAUUUUGAUAAUGAGACGAAAAUGUUUUUAAUGAAUACAUGUAUUUGUUUAUGUGUCUACUUUGUUUUGUAGUUUUAAGAAUAUCUUUGAAGCUAGUGGUGAUAUUACAGAUGAGAAUACUUUC